GUAGAGCAGGUGUAAAUAGUAAAGUUUGCGGGAGUGUGAAGGAGCAUCAUCGUCACCAGGAGAAGGAAGAGGAACGCCCUGCAUCCACUCCUCUUCCUCAUCCUCCGUCCGCCGCGAAGGUGUCACCUGAGCGGACACAGCAGCAAGCGAAGCUCCGGGGACAAGAUGGCCUUUUGAGACGACACCAAGAACCCACGAUAGACAUGCCGCCUCUGGCUCCCUCCUCCAUCCUCCUCAUCCUCAUCCUGCAGACCUCCUCCCCCGCCUCUGCUGACAGGAGGUUCGGUUGUCUGUUCCAGAGGGACCUCUGUACACCGUACGAGAUCUGUAUCAACGAUGGGAUGUUUGGGAGGUGUCACUCUGACUCGCCAAAGGUGGUUUACUCUUAUGACGUCACUCUGCCUGUGGUUCAACACUUUAGAUUACUGCUGGACAAGAUGGCCAACAGAGGUCUGACGUGGGAGGAUGACACCACCCAGCAGGUUCUGGCCAAAGAAUUGUCCAAAGUCAGGAGGUUCCCACACCGGCUGCCACUGAGCAGCACCUCCUACAAGACAGCAGACAGCAGCAGGACCAAAGCAGAGGUGAUGGACCCAGUGGAGCAGAGACUGAAGCCAGCAGAGGCAGAGCUUAACAGGAACCUGGAGACGUACCUCCAACGCCUUGGACUCCGCCCGAGGAUCACUGAAGGCCUGAAUGCUGCUGCCAAGAGCGGUCGAGUCCAGUCGGACCUCUACGGCUCCAAGUCAGACCCGACCAGUCAGAAAAUGUCUUCAUCUCUCAAGGCGAUGCAGAGCCUUUCAGCUGAAGAGCUUCAGGUUCUUCUGAGCGCCUUGAGGCAGCUUGAACCCUCAACUCGCCUCAGGCCCGUUUACAGCUAUGGAAUAGAAAGUUCUGAGCCCAAGACACUGAAAUUCAGACCCGUCAAUUUGGACAAAAAUAAAGGAUCUUCAGCCAAGGACCCUUUGACAUUAGUAGAUGAGAAGUUCAUCCAGAAUGUCUUGAAGAACAUCGGAAAACAGCACCUGGACGUGGACAACCUGACACCGCAUGACGUGGACCAGCUGUCAAACCUGAUCGUGGACGCUUUGCAUGUCGUGGACCAUGACCAGGCUGGGGAUCGGGGACGGGCACAACUUGGACCGAGAGACUUGGAAGGGGAGUUGAGUGACGGAAAGCAAGAAAAGGAUGAUGAGAAGAAUGAUGAGAAGAAGUUAAUGGAAGGAGCUCCAACUGUGAGGAUCACACCUACUGACGUUCCUCAAGAAGUCCACCAACAGACAGACAACAAGAACAUGGAGGACAAGCCUGAGAGUCCAAACGUGUUCAGCAAACUUCUGGCCUACUUGGACCAAAGUCCCUUCACUGACCCCCCUCUUCCUCCUCCUGGACCUCAGAGGAGGGCGGGGCUCGAGAAUGUCCAGAGCCGCACCCGCGAGGGGGGCGAGGCGCUACAGAAGAAGGACACCACCCAGUCCGUGGAGGAGGUGUCAGAGGUGGAGGGCUGGGUCAAGGAAGUGGCCCCGCCCCCUGCGGCGCUGAAAUAUGAGGAGGCGCAUAAGAAGAUGCUGAACGUCCCUGAGCUCCAGCUGGACGUCAAAGCCGACAGGAACAAGGUGGAUGACGUCUUUGGCUACGUCAUCACCGACACCGACGGCUUGCAGACUGAUGAAGGUCUGCACAUGAUGGAGAUCCUGGCUCGCAUGGCCAGAAUCCAAAUGACCGACUUUGCUGAGCUCUCAGUGGUGGGCCCUGCCGUUACCUUCAAAGUGAGUCCAAACCGUCACAACGUCAGCACCGCCGACGUAGUACACGUGGCUGUUGAGCAGAAAGCGUCACUGGAGAAGGAAGCCAAGCUCAGCAUCCUGGAGGCGGGAGUCGCAGACGGGAACCACAUCAACCAGAUUCCCACCAAGUAUAGCCAGGCUGAGUCCACAAAGUUCCUCAUCCUCACCGUGGUGUCCAUCCUGUGCAUCGUGGGCGUGCUGCUGGCAUCCACCACGGUCUACUGUCUCCGCCAUCGCUCGCACCACAAGCUCAAGGAGAAGCUCACCAACUUGGGUGCUGACACCAGCAGUGAUGCUACUGCCACCUACCAGGACUUGUGUCGGCAGCGCAUGGCCGUCAAACCUCCAGUCGAGCGCCCUGAGCCCGUCUCCUCCAGGAUCAACAGCGUGUCAUCCCAGUUCAGCGAUGGCGGCGCAGCAGUCAGCCCUUCGGCCAGAAGCAGUCUGUCAUCGUGGAGCGAAGAACCCGCCCAGCCCAACAUGGACAUCUCCACCGGUCACAUGAUUCUGUCCUACAUGGAGGAUCACCUGAAGAACAAGAACCGCCUGGAGAAGGAGUGGGAGGCGUUGUGUGCCUACCAGGCGGAACCCAAUGCCAGCACGGUGGGCCUGAAGGACGGCAACGCCAAGAAGAACCGCUCUGCUGCUGUGGUGGCCUAUGAUCAUUCAAGAAUCACCCUGAGGCUGGAAAACAGUCAAGGCAACUCUGACUACAUCAACGCCAGCCCUAUUAUGGACCACGACCCCAGGAACCCCGCCUACAUCGCCACGCAAGGCCCACUGCCAUCUACUGUGGCCGACUUCUGGCAGAUGGUUUGGGAGAACGGCUGCGUGGUCAUCGUCAUGUUGACACCUCUGGUGGAGAGCGGAGUUAAGCAGUGCUACCACUAUUGGCCCGACGAGGGUUCCAACCUCUACCACAUCUACGAGGUCAAUCUGGUGUCAGAACACAUCUGGUGUGAUGACUUCCUGGUUCGUAGCUUCUACUUGAAGAACAUGCAGACAAACGAGACACGGACCGUCACCCAGUUCCAUUUCCUGACCUGGCUCAACCAGAACAUCCCAGAGACCAGCCGGACCCUCCUGGACUUCCGCAGGAAGGUGAACAAGUGUUACCGCGGACGCUCCUGUCCCAUCAUCGUGCACUGCAGUGACGGUGCUGGAAGGUCUGGGACGUACAUCCUCAUCGACAUGGUCCUCAACAAGAUGGCUAAAGGCGCCAAGGAGAUUGAUAUAGCAGCAACGCUGGAACACCUGAGAGACCAGAGGCCAGGCAUGGUGCAGACCAAGGAUCAGUUCGAGUUUGCUUUGACGACGGUUGCAGAAGAAGUGAACGCCAUCUUAAAAGCUCUUCCUCAGUAGAAAGGAUGAAGGACUACAAGUUCGCUUCCUGGCUCAUCCUUCCUGUCUUUUGUACUUUAAAAUCCUCUGGCCGCUCCUCUUUGGCUUCUUUGUAUCAUCUUCCUCUUUGGUCCAUUUCUCCUCCUUGUGGUGAGCAGAGAAAUUGUCGUCAUGUCGUCUACUCUCUGAAUGAUGUUCACAUAUUAAUGGGCUGUUAAGACCGUGUUUUUCUUUCCACAUUUGCUUCUAAAAAGCUGCAAAAAGUGAAAUUGUCAUCGUUUUAUUGAGUAAAAUAUGUUCAUCGGGACAAUAAAAGAAGCUAGUGGCAAAUAUUCCAUUUAAGCUUAAAUCACAAUCGGUCGUACGAGCUCCUGCGGCUAAUCUACGUGCAAAGAAAUGCGAGAAACGGCGAACACGAAGAAAGAAAAAAAAGAGCAAUUUGGGGAACGCCAAAAAUGGCAAAGCCAAACAACCUGUCCCGUUGUGACGAAGGCUUAGCAUCUCAGCUGACUGUUUAUGUACGGAUCAUGUUUGAUUCUUAGUUCUGUGACAUUUCCAUCCUUACGUUGCACAUCAAUCCAACAUGGCGGCCUUUUGUGUGCUUCAAAAUCAAUAGUGUGGCGAUAAGGACACAGAACGGCCCCCCAGGGAGCAAUAAAUAAGAACCACACAUUAGGAACAGGUUGGUUUAAAGGUUCUGCUGAAGUCCACAGAGUUUUGGUACGGAGUACUUCUUCUUCUAUGUAGCAUUGAAGGCUAACUUGUACAUGUACAGUCCAGUAGCAGGAACUUGCUUGCUUUUAAUCCAGGUUUUUGCAUGUAUAGCCACUUUCAUUGAAAGUUUUUGAUGUCAAAGGUGUUGAUGGACUAGUUACUAUCUUAUGAAGUGUUCAAGUCUUCACUUCCACACUCACAAACCUGCUAAUAGUUGUACAGAUAUUUGUGGUCAUUGUUUUCAGCGUGAGGUGUUUUUGUGUAAGUGAAGAUGAAAAUGAACAUUUUUGGAACUUUUAACAUGAAACCUUGGCUGUUUUUUAUUAUUGCCGUUACUACAACAGGUUUUCAGUUGGUUGCUUUUGUUUUAGCGCAGCACAGUGAUUUUUUUUUUUAUGUUUUUUUUUCUGGUGCUAACUUGUGCAUGGCUAUUUAUCAAGCAAAUAGUCAAAUAUUAUAUAUGAGCUUCAUCAAAGAUUCUAUCGGGAUGAUGAUGAUAAGGAUUAAAAGAAGCAUUCAGCAAUUAACUCUUUGGAUCUUUACCUGCUUAUUCGGUGUGCAAUUUGUUCUAAAAGGCUACACACACACACGCAUCAAUACAUUGUACAGAAAACCAUGCAGCUUUGGUUUGUUUUGUUCUACUGGUGUCAACAUCUUGUCAAUAAAGUUGUAUUGUAAACGUCA